AUGACUCUCCAACACCACAACAACCACCAAUCUAUCUCAGUACUGCAAUCGAAGCACUCCCUGUACCCAAACACUAUGGUAUCCAACCAAAAGAACACUGCCACCGGCCAGAACGAAACCGAGGACCCCGUCCAGCUCGUCACGAGCACGCUAGGCAACACGGUCGGCGGGGUCGUGGGCACGCUCGGCAACGUGACAGGAGCAGCCCUACGCGGCGUGGGGAAUACACUGACAGGCACAACGGGCGAGAUCAGGCAGCCAGUCGGCAACGCGGUGGGCGGCAUCGUGACGGGCGUCGAGAGUCUUCUCAACAACGUGGCUAAGGGUGUGGAGAAAGCGGGAGAGCAGAAGUAG